AUGCACUUCACUUGCUUACGUGGCCUACGAUUCCCUAAGAAGAAGCCCAUAAUUUAUAUCCCAGCCAAAGAGAAGGACGAGAGGGCCAGCUCUGCCUUUGGGAAGACGAGGAGGAAGAAGAAGGAGGCAUAUUUUAGUUACACGGGGGAAAUCCCAAAGCCAACCCACCCAGACUUCAGUGGGUGCUCCUGGAUCUUGGAUGCACUGGGAGCUCUGGAGGAUUGGUGGCUGGAACGGGUUAGCCUGGAAGCGGUUAGACUGUCCCUCUACAGCCACAGAAGAACAGUCACCAGCAGAGAGAUCCUUGAGGCAGUCAAGCAGAGAUGCUCUCGGAAGAGCUUGGGAAUAAAUGAAACCCUCCGCGUCCCCCUCCCCCCCUUCCCCCCCAACGGCCCGGCCUCCGCGAGGGCGCGGGAACCGCCUGUCGGGUCGCUGAGCCACAGCUUCGCAGCUGCCCGGGCCUUCCGCGGCCCCAACCCCCGGCCGGCCCGGGGGCCUGGCGGUGACGGCGGCGCCUGGUAG